CAAAUUAGAAUCUUAUCCUCUUACGUUCUUCCUCAACAUCGACACUGAAGAAAUUGGGCAAAACCUUGAGCUUCAAAUUAGGGAUUUCAAUAUCCGUCAAAUUGAGCUUCAAAUUGGGCAAAACCUUGAGCCUCAACAUCACCCUUCUUCACGCUCGAUUCCAUAUCCGUCUUCUUCUGGCCUUCUUCUCUGCACCCUGAAACUCGUUUGCGCGACCAUGACUAGGGCUUCGUCUUCUGGGUCUCGUUGUUCUUCGAAAUUGGAGGUGCGUCGAGGAAUGGUGCAACGUGGAGUGUGUGAAUGUGGAGAAAGGCUUCUCUAUCUAACUUCCCACACUGACAUCAACCCAGAAAGAAAUUUCUGGAGGUGCAGAAAUUGGAAGUUACCGAACAAUUGUGGAUUCUUCUUGUGGGAUGAUGAGGCUGGUUUGGAUGGUGCACAAAGGUACUAUGUAGUUCAACUGAUGAAAACCUUGCAGGAGUUGGAGGAAAGCAAAAAGAAACUGGAAGAUAGAAAGAGGAGGGUUGAGGAAAUGAAGAAGAAAAAUGUCAAUCUCUAUAUGUAGUUGGAGAGUGAAAUGAAAACGAAGAACUUGGCCUUUGUUGUUGUUAUUCUGCUGAUCAUAAUCUUAGCUUCUGUUGUAUCAUUUGGAAAGUAGGAGAGUUGAGGAAAUGAAAAAGAAGAAGAAAAAUGUCAAUCUCUAUUAUGUUGAAGUGUACUAAAGUUAUGUGUACCAAACUUAUGGGUUCUUCUCAAUUAAUGACAAUUUAUGAUUGUGGUAGAAACAUUUGAUGUGUGUUGUCAUCUUAUUCCAAAACAUAAAC